AUGGCUUUCUUAUCUACCGCCGUUUUAGUUCUCUUUAUUGUCACCGCGACCGUCGUGCUUCUUCCGCAACUCGUGGGGAGCUUACUCGGUCUACUCUUUCGCGGCGUGGGAUGGUUGAUUCGCCGACGGACGCGCUCUCGCCGUGAAUAUGUGAUCGCGCGGGCGCGGUCUGAGGAGGAGGAAAUUCGGGCGCCGCGCGCUAAGGACUCUGCUCACUUGCUGGCCAGGAGCCAGGAAGAUGAGGACUGGGAGAAGGUGGACAGCACUGCCUCUGGUGGGGUGAAGACUACGGGAAGCAGUGACAACGGUGCCAGCACUGGCGGUGAAGGUGCCGAGUGGGAUGGUAUUAUUGGAUUCUUCCACCCUUUCUGUAAUGCUGGUGGAGGUGGAGAACGAGUACUCUGGGAAGCUGUGCGCGCAACGCAAAAGCGCUGGCCGAAGGCUAUCUGCGCUAUCUAUACUGGUGACCAUGAAGUGAACAAGGCGACGAUGCUGGAGCGGGCGGAGACCCGAUUCAAUAUUCACCUACAUGCCCCGACUGUGGUGCUGCUCUACUUGACUACGCGCAAGUACGUUGUCGCCAGCUCAUACCCAUACAUGACACUGCUGGGACAGUCGCUGGGAUCUCUCGUGGUUGCAUACGAUGCUUUCACGCUGCUGGUGCCGGACGUUUUCAUCGAUACCAUGGGCUAUGCCUUUACCCUGGCAUUCAGCAAGUGGCUCUUCCCUACGGUCCCCACCGGCGCCUAUGUCCACUACCCAACUAUUUCAACCGACAUGCUCGCCUCCCUCGAUGACCAGAGUGGCGUGCAAGGCAUCAACUCCGGUGCUGGGAAGGGACUUCGGGGAGCUGUCAAGCGCCGAUAUUGGCAACUCUUUGCACGGCUGUACGGAUGGGUCGGCCGACACGUGGACGUCGUCAUGUGCAACUCCUCAUGGACGUCAGCCCACAUUCGUAAACUCUGGGGCAACGAGAAGAGUAACGAUAACGGCGAGGGUGAGGGAACCGCAGCCUCGCCAGCAGUGGUAUUCCCACCCACGGCAGUCUCCGAGCUCGAAUCAACCAUUACAGUCAACGAAGAGACCGAGAAAACCCGCCGACAAGUCUUGCUAUACAUUGCGCAGUUCCGACCUGAGAAGAACCACCCACUAGUCCUGCGUUCAUUCGCGCGAUUUCUCCAAGAACGGUCCAAGAACCCAGCCAACGCAGACACACCGACACCACAACUCGUCCUCAUCGGCUCAGUCCGACAUUCCAGUCCAGAUGAAACCCACAUCUACAAUCUGCGUCUCCUCGCACACGAACUCCACAUCCGUGACAGCACAACUUUCCUCUGCGACGCCAGCUGGCCAGCAGUUCUAUCCCACCUCAGCACCGCCUCCGUCGGCGUGAACGCCAUGUGGAACGAGCACUUCGGCAUCUGUGUCGUCGAAUACCAAGCCGCCGGACUUAUCUGCGUGACGCACGACUCCGGCGGUCCGCGCGAGGACAUUGUCGUUGACCUCGGCGACGGUGCGACUGGGUUCCAUGCUGAGACUGAAGAGCAAUUCGCGGCUGCUUUCGAGGCGGCCCUUGCGCUGCCGGUUCCUGAGAAGGUCGCUAUGCGUCAACGGGCCAGGCGGUCUGCAUUGAGAUUUACCGAGGAGGAGUUCUCGCGUAAGUGGUUGCGACAGGUGCAGAAGUUGGUCGGGGCUUCUCGGUAG